AUGUUCGAAAGAGAUCGUGUUAUUGCUCUUGUUGGAGGCUCGCAUUCCCUUCUCAACGCUCAACUGGAAAGACUCACGGAUCAGCUCGAUAUUCCGCUGCUGACGGCGAGCGAUGACGUUGAACCGAGCGCUGGAAACACUAAGAUUGCGUUCUUUCCUCGUGCCCAGCUGUUUGAAGCGAUCGUGGAUCUGUUCCGAUACUGGCGAUGGAAUCGCAUUACAAUCGUAUAUGAAGAAGACAACCGUUGGUUGCAAAAGAAUCUUUUAUCCUUCUCUUCAAUCCUCAUAGCAUAG